AUGUACAAUGAUGAUGAGCUCAUCAUUCGUUCAUUAAAUAGAGGAGAGAAUGCUUUAUUAGAGAGUCCUACAGGCUCUGGUAAAUCAUUGGCUCUUCUUUGUGCAGCUUUAGGCAAAGAAAACCAAAUAAAAAAGCAAAAGAUGGAAAUAGAAAAGAAAGAGACAGAAAAGCAAUUACAAGAACAAGUAAAACAAAUAGAGAAAAGAUCACUACCAGUCUUUGAAGAAAUACCCAGCAAAAAGAUCAAGACACAGCAAAUAACAAUGGAUAUGGAUGAUGAUUUUCAACAGCCUAUUAUUCAACCAUUGAUGACAAAUGUAGUUCAAGAAGAAGAAGAUGAUGAUGAUGAUGAAUUAAUAGAGAAUGUAAUUAAACUAGAAGAAGAAAAGGCUGAGAAGGAGUUUACAAAGAUACCAAAGAUCUUUCCCCCAUGGACUGAUUGUGUUAUUAGCCAUAAACAAAUUACUCAGUUAGUACAAGAAUUAAGAAGCAAUACACGCUAUACAGCAAGAACCACUAUUCUUGGUAGUAGAGAGCAGUUUUGCAUUCAUUCUAAAGUAUCCAAAUCCACUACAAAGAAUGAUGAUUGUACUGAGUUGUUAGACGAGAAUGCUUGUUCUUACUUUCACAAGACACGCAAACUUAUUGCUCAUGCUGCAGACAAAGAUAAUCGCAUUUGGGAUAUUGAAGACUUAGUUGAACUAGGAAAUGAAGUGCAUGGAUGUCCUUAUUUUGCUUCAAGAAAGAUGUAUGAGUUUGCAGAAGUCGUCUUUUGUCCAUACAACUAUAUAAUUGAUCCAGUUAUUCGAGCAUCUAUGGAUAUUCACUUGAAAGACAGUAUUGUGAUUCUAGAUGAAGCUCAUAAUAUAGAAGAUGCUUCAAGAUCAGCGGGCUCUUUUGAAAUAGAUGAAAAUGCAGUAGAUGUCUUGUUGAAAGAACUAGAACUUGUAGUGAAAUAUGGUGGUGAAAAAGAAGCGCAUACGAUUAUUGAAAUGGUAAUGGCUAAUAUCAAGGAUUUCUUUACGGAUUCAUCUACUGAAUAUACAAUUAAGGAAUAUGAAAAGCAAUCAGGACAUUGGGCAGGGUCUGCCAUGAUGCAAAAACUACACCAGAUCAAUAUUUCUGCUACUACGUUUCGAGAAACCCUGCAGCCUGCUUACAAGACGAUUGUGGCUCAUGCUGACCUGGUCCGAAAAGAAAAAGAACGUAAAAAAGAAACAGGCGCUGUGUUCCAGUCGGAUGCAGACGAUAUUUUGAACCAAGAAGACAAUGCAGAGCAUCGUGUGGUUCGCUUACAAUGCCUAAGCAAUGGUUCUUUAAGGCUUGUCCAAGGCUUAUUUAUGGUCUUGGGGUUUCUCUGUGACGAAAAUCAUCAUUAUGCCGAAGACUACGAAAUGGUCUUGACAAAGACAUUGGAAAGACUGAAACCCAAGAAGAAAAGGAGAAGAAGGAGACAAGAAGAGCAAGAAGAGCAAGGCCCCAUAUGGGUCCAUCGUAUUGCGUUUUGGUGUCUUAAUCCUGGUAUCAUCUUUCGCCAGAUGAGCCAAGAUACGCGCUCGGUUAUUUUGACCAGUGUUUACAGGACAAUUAGAGGCCAAUCAUGUCAUCCAGUCUUCUCAAGUAUGGGUAGGGCUAUACCUCAAGGACCCAAUCGUAUUCAAUUGAAAGGCAUCUAUAGUAACUUGGAAUCCUUUUACUAUCAAGACGAAGUAGGCGAUACGCUGUUGGAGAUUGUACAGACAGUACCUUAUGGUGUUUUGUGCUUCCUGCCUUCUUAUAAAGCGAUGGAUAUCCUGAUAGACCGAUGGAAACUGACAGGUGUGAUGGAGAAGCUUCAACAGAGAAAACAGGUGUUGUCUGAACCCAAGGGAAGUGACAAGAAAGAAUUUGAGAGCAUUUUGAACACUUUUUACCACCAGAUUGACACUGCUGUCGCAGGCCAUGAUCCAGACCAGAGAGACGGAGCCAUCUUCUUUGCUGUCUUUCGAGGUAAGGUCAGUGAGGGGAUUGAUUUUAGUGAUCAUUAUUGCCGUGCUGUGGUCACUCUGGGUAUCCCUUAUCCUGGUGUCAAAGACCUGGAAGUAAAGCUCAAGCGAGAAUACAACAAUAAACGAAGAAUGCGGCAAAAAGACGUUCUUUCGGGCCAAGAAUGGUAUUCGGCACAAGCCUAUCGUGCGAUCAAUCAAGCACUGGGAAGAUGUAUUCGACAUCGAAAUGAUUGGGGUGCCAUUAUUUUGCUGGAAGAGCGGUUUUGCCAACAAGAAGUCAUGAAUGGAUUAUCGAAAUGGGUGAAAGGACAAUUCAGAGUCCAUUCAAGUUAUUUGGCUGCUAUGUCAAGCUUAAAGCAGUUUGUGGCAAGACAAAUGCAAGGAGAGACCACUCAACAAAAUAAUGCAAGUCCAUUACCAACAAAUAACACUCUGGCUCCUGGACCAUCAGAGACAUCGGAGCAAUCAUUGGCUGACAAAGAACGAGCAGAUACAGACCAAGACAUAGAAAAAGGUCUAGAAGACAUACAGAGAGAGAUGGAAGCUAUACAAAAGGAAAUAGAUGCAGAAGUAUUCAUUAAGAAAGAAACAGAACACAUCGAAGAAAAAACAGAGCAGCACGUAGAGCAUAUUGAACAACACGUAGAACAGAAAAUAGAGCAAGACAUACAACAAGAAAUAGAGCAUAUUGAACAGAAAAUAGCGCCACACGCAGAACAAGACACAAAUGAAAGCAUGCAAGAUGUACAGUCAGUCCCACAGAAGACAGAACUGUUUGUGCCAAAUACAAUCAUAUCUUGCAAAUACUGUCUAAAAGAGCUGAUAUGUGGUCCAGAUACUCUACUCUCGUCAGUAUGUGAUACUCAACUGCAAUGCCUUCAAGAUAGUUACAACAAGCCUCCAGUUGUGCAACUCAUCAACCCUUCUUCCUAUUGGCAAAUCUCCUCUGAAUUAUUAGGCGGUCCUUUGGAUAUUGACCAACUACCCAACUGUGUCCCUGUACUUUACAAUCGCCAGGAUCAAGUUUGCUAUCGAUUGCUAGCAUGUAAAUGUAGUCAAACAAGAGCCAUAGGCAUGGUGAUAUGCCUAGCUACUAUUCCUGACAAUACACGCCAUGUAGGAUGUGUUUAUUUAUGGGAGAAUAAGGUCAAGAAACUGCCUUUACCAUCAAAAGAAUUGAUGGACUUAUCUUCUCAGCAACCUUCUUAUAUGGACGAUAUUUUUUACAUGUAA